AUGUUUAUCAAGGCACUAAAGAGACUAAACAACUGGGAGAAGCCAAAUCACCAGCCACCACUACCACCACCACCAUCACCAGCUCAUAAGUGCUUACUGCUGACCAAAGGCCUCUUCUCACACGGAGAAGCCAAGAUUGAGCGUAAAUCUGUAACUCAUCGGCAUAAAGAUAAUACGUACACUAAAGAUAUUGAAGUGAUGAAGAUAAUGAAGUUUGAAAAUAAUAGUGGAGAGAGAAUGCCGCCUUGUGAAACGCCAGCAACUACCAAAUCUCCUCUAAAGUGUCACCAGUCAUUUGAGAAAUACUUUAGCAAUGCUGUUCCCAGUCCUAAACCCAGAUUGCAGAUGUAUAAUCUGGUUCCAACGACGAGGAGAGUCCUAGAUCGAUUUCUUCGCCUCAUGGCCAUUCGUUGA